UUACGGAGUAUUAUUUUUACGGAUAAACACACUAGCAUUUGCGAAGACUGCCCAUAUCCUCAACGGAGCAACAAUGGCGAUUUCAUCUCCAUAUCUCUUCCCAAUAUGCAAUUUCUCCGCCAUUGCAGCUAAACCAAAACUCUCUUUUCUUUCUAUACCAUCAAAUUCUUGUAAGUUCCAGCCCAUCAAACCCUUCCAACUCUCCACAUCCAGAAUCAUUGCUGCCGCUGAUGUUUUGGACUUCUCUGCAGAUGCUACUGAUACCGAGGAUGGAGUUUCUGCUACUUCAUUACCAGAUGUCAGCUUUGACUCUGAUAAGGUGGCACCAAAAGAGAAGAUUAGGAUCAAAUUGAAAUCGUACUGGGUGCCUUUGAUAGAAGACUCCUGCAAGCAGAUAAUGGAUGCUGCAAGGACAACGAAUGCAAAGACCAUGGGACCCAUACCGCUGCCCACCAAGAAGAGAGUACAUUGUGUGCUUAAAUCCCCACAUGUGCACAAAGAUGCCAGGUUCCAUUUUGAGAUUAGAACACAUCAGCGCCUCAUUGACAUUCUUUACCCGACUGCCCAAACGAUUGACUCCUUGAUGCAGCUAGACCUUCCUGCUGGAGUUGAUGUGGAGGUCAAGCUAUGAAAAAUUCAGGGUCUCUCCUUCGUUAACUCAACAGUAACCUUAUUAUUUCUUUACAGUUCUGCUUUUUGAAAUCUGAAUAGAAUCAGUGCUGAACAAACAUCGACUUGCCGAAGGAAAUGAUUGACACAAUCUUUCUGUCAAAGUUUGAAUGUUAUCAUUCAUCAUGUGCACUAUAGAGUGUUUCUCCUUUUCAUAAAUAUACUUCCUCUGUUCGGUUUUUAAUGCAACCCUUCAAAUUGGC